AUGUCGGAUGACUGGGAGACCGAUCCCGAUUUCGUGGUAAUCCUUCUAGAUAUUAUAGCUAAAAUAUUUAGAAUGAUGUUUCCGAAAGAGAACAGAGAUGGGGAUCCAAAACAGUUAGUGGUUCGGGUCAUCAGGAAUCCAUUGAUAUUUCACUUUACGCUCAUCUUAUUCACUCCGUCUAAUUCCUCCGCAAUUAGCCUACGAGCACUUCGCGAAGAGGUAAAACAAUCGGACAGAAUAAAUAAGUUAAAAACCGCUCCCAAACCGUCCUAUGGGUACGGUGGAAAGUUUGGUGUUGAACGUGACCGAAUGGACAAGUCAGCGGUUGGUCACGAUCACAUUGAACACGUCCCGAAACACUCCUCACAGACCGAUUACAGUGCCGGAUUCGGGGGCAAAUAUGGUGUGCAGACAGAUCGGCAAGAUCAGGUAGGUGAGUUGUUUUUUUUCUUUGCCGUUCGCUUGUCAGUUCUGUGUUCUCUAGGUUGGGAUCAUAAAGAACACGUGGAAGCACACGCGUCCCAGAAAGAUUAUUCUGCUGGAUUUGGUGGAAAAUUCGGGGUACAAAAGGAUCGACAGGAUAAAUGUGCUGUUGGUUGGGACCAUAAAGAACAAGUUGCUCCUCACCCGUCACAAAAAGACUACGCAUUUGGAUUCGGGGGAAAAUACGGUGUUCAAGCCGAUCGAAUGGAUUCCAGUUCUGCCACUUGGGAUGAAAAAGGCUCGACCGAAUUGCACCCAUCACAAAUGCGACCCACUAUUCCCACCCCCAGUGGCGGUCUAUCCGCUUUACGAGACCGAUUCGAAACCAAAGGCAACAAGACCAACCCAACAUCGAAUGGGCCCUCGCCAGCGCAACAGCGCAUCCUAGAAGAACGUGCACGUUGGGAAGCUGAACGGAAACAGACGAGCGAGAAGCAGCAACACCAAGAACAGACACAACCCGUUAAAGAUGAAACCAAUACAACUCAAACGGGUCCCAAUAUACUGGUUGGGACGGAAUCCUCAUCACCCGUAUGUGCAUCUUAUUGUUUGCGGUGUUGGAAAAACUCCAUACACAUGUAUUUUUAUGUUAUGCAUAAAGGUUUUACGGGAAAAACCAACUCAGGCUCUCGUCCAAUCCCGCCAACAACACCUACCGAACCAGCUAUGGAACCAAAUCCACCACCGACGGUGGCAGCUGAAUCAGUGCCAGAAGCACGGUCGACGGAAGAAGCAGCCCCAGUCCCCGCGUGUGAAGCCCACGCAAUCUACUACACUGCCAAGGCCAUGUACGAUUACACUGCCGAGGAAGACGACGAGCUUACCUUCUCGGUUGGUGAACUAAUCACCGAAAUCGAGAAAAUCGAUCCAGGCUGGUGGAAAGGACUGUGCCGUGGCAAAAUCGGCCUAUUCCCAGCCAAUUAUGUGGAAGAGCAAUGA